AUGGAUUUUUCUGAAGAUAGUUCCAGUAGUUCAGAUGAUGAAGAUUUAUUUGAUUUGGCAUUAAUUAUUGCAUUCCCACGACGUGCAAAAAUUAUCAGACCUCGCACAAAUCAUUUUGAGAAAUGGUUAGACCAAGAAUUUAUAGAUCGAUUUCGUUCAUCAAAAGCUACUACCCUCUUUGUUUUGGACCUGAUUAAAGAUCAAAUUUAUCAUCCAACCACUAGAAAUCAUGCUGUGUCUGCUCAAAAUCAGUUACUAAUUGCAUUACGAUAUUAUGCAACUGGAUCUUUCUUGAGAGUUUCUGCGGAUUUUACAGGAGUUGAUAGAUCUACUUGUGGUAGAAUUGUGCGGCGUGUUUCUAAAGCCCUUGCAACUUUACGUUCACAUUUCAUAAAAUUUCCAACAACAGCAGAGGAAGUGGAAACAGUUAAGCAAGGCUUUUAUCGAAUUGCAAAAUUUCCAAGGUGUAUAGGCGCUAUUGACUGUACGCAUAUAAAAAUUCGUUCUCCAGGGGGAGACAAUGCAGAGUUAUAUCGAAAUCGUAAACAAUUUUUUUCUAUAAAUGUUCAAACUAUCUGUGAUUCCAAUCUUCAAAUCCAAAAUAUUGUUUGUCGUUGGCCCGGUAGUGCCCAUGAUGCCAAUAUAUUCAAAAAUUCUAUAAUUAGAAGUAAAUUUGAACAUGGUUUAAUGGGCAACAAUUUGCUUGUAGGAGAUAGUGGCUACCCUCUUAAGAAAUAUCUCAUGACUCCAUUAAGUAACCCUCAAUCUAUUGCUGAAGAGCGUUAUAACGAAUCUCAAAUUCGUACUCGUAAUCCUAUUGGGCGUUCUUAUGGUGUGUGGAAAAGGCGUUUUCCUAUUCUAGCCAUAGGAAUUAAUGUAGAUUUGGAGACUGCUAAAACUGUAAUAGUUGCAACUGCAGUUUUGCACAACAUAGCAAAUACUUUACGCGAUAAAACAAGUAUAGUGAAUCCUCAAUUAGAAGAAGAUAUAGAACUUAUAAAUCAUGUUCCUGUGGAUAGAGUAAAUAAUACUCCAAAUACUCCUCAGCAAAUCAUUCGCCGAUCACUUGUUAAUUAUUUUGGUAAUUUAUAA